UCGAAAUAGGUACCCACCUCUGAUCACUACAUCUUUUAAACUAUUUAUGCUGGGGUUAUGUGUUUAUAAAGGCCGCUUUACAUACUGCAAUUCUUCAUGCAAGACCAUGCAAUACGCAAUAAAACCUGCCCAGAAGCAUGCGCGUUUGAGAAACAGCUGAUUCAUUUUGGCAAUUCACUUGCAAUUGCAGGUUAGCGGUCGCGCGCGAUUUUUAUUGCACUUGCACGUGAUAUUUUGGGGGAAAGUAUUGACAACGCCAGGUUCUAGAAUUCCCAAACGUUGAAACUAGACUUUGUUAUUAUUGUUUUUCGGUUAAUUGGAGGUUAAAAAUGAGUUGCAAAAGGUAAGUUUUGUAUUAAUAACAGUAGAUAAGGGGCCACCUAUGCGAGACCCUUUAACGGCCCUUUUAAAGCAAAGUACUCAAUUUGUUUAAAAACAAACUAACUUUAAAAGUUCCCUUAAAUGCUUUUUACUAUAAAGUACUUAAAUUAACCUUUUUAGUGGCGGUUUUGAUUGGCCUAGGGAGGCAACCACGUUCCUUAUUUCGUUGUACGAAAGUUAUUCGUGCCUCUACUUGCCUACUCUACCAGAGUACCACAAUCGCAAUGUGAGGUUAAAAGCGUUGCAGGAAAUUACAACCGAAUUCAAUGAUAAAAAGUUAACGGCGCUGAAGACUGAGGAUAUAAAAAAGAAGAUACAUGGUAUUAGAACACAAUUUAUGACUGAAUUAUCCAAAAUUAAAAAAAGUGAGGUAUCGGGAGCAUCGGUAGAUGAUGUUUAUAUACCGAAUCUGUGGUGUUUUGAGCAGCUGCACUUCUUGCAGCAAGGAACAGCUGUAAUAGCCAAAUGAGAGUCAAAUAUGUCUCAAAAAAGCACAGAGAACACGCAACAGGAACAAAAUGAAGACGUCGAAUGUGUGUAUGAUGGUGAUGUUGCUGGUGUAAGCGAGUUAGACCUAGAAGUUUUCUCUCCAACAUCGAUUGAAUCAACAUCUAGGUCUAGAACUCCGUCCAGAGGAGAAAGCCGCACCCCCUUGACGAUUGAAGGACGAAUCGGAACAAAAAGAAAGAGACACAGAGAAACAGGAGACAAAGAGAGGGAUAAUAAAGGAACUUGUUGGGCCUGGAGUGCAGGAGCUUCGGCAGUCAAAAAAACAUACUGUUUUUGGAUAAUUUAUUGCGGAUGAAAUGGAAAGCCUUAAAGAUCAGGA